AACAACAGCGAAGCUCAAGCAGCGACGGAGGCAGCGGCAGAGGCAGAGACAGAGGCGAAUUCACGAUAAUUAUAAACGCCAAGGCCAAUACGUAGCUGGCACGAUUGACGACGACGGCGACGUCGCUGCCGACGCUAGCGUCAAUGCAGACGCGUUAAUCUCUCAUUUGACAGUUGAAUUCAAUUAAAAAAGGCACCCACACACGCACGCACACACAUACAGACAGGCAGGUACGCAACGCACAGCCACCCCAAAAAGGUAAAGGCGUCGCAACAUACACAAAGCAUAUACGAGCAGCGACACGAAGCGUUCGUGACGUUGCCGAACAGCCGAACGUUGUAGUGGCAGCCAAUCAAGCCUCACAACAGCCGCAGGGUGGGCGGUACAGCAAUGGCGCGAAACGGCAACAGAGCGUCUCUUUGUCUCGCUUGCGCUCGAGCUCUCGCUCUCACGACGAGCUCUCAUGCGCCGACGCGACGAACGCAUGGCAGACAGCGCAGUGCCGAAGUCGUUGGCAGGUCUAAUCAGAAUCAGUCUUUGAACAGUUUUCGUGCCGUGCACUUUGCGGACGGAGUAAAGUAAAUUUUUAACGCUGUCAGCGCACAAGAGAGACAGUGAAAGAGCGAUUCAGUGUGCGAGUGUGAGAGACAGGGAGAGAGAGAGAGCAUUUUAAAUCUCAACCGCUGUUCGUGAUAAUAAAAACGUGUAUGAGAAAUCGAUAAGAGUAGCAGCAGCUGAAGUGAAAGAAGCGCACACAAACACAGAGCGCCCAGGCUGUGUGUGUGAGUCGGCAAGUGCUAUAAWGACAUGUUAGCAUCUAAAACAUUCUAAACUAUUCAAAAGAGGCUAUCAUUACAUAUACACACACAUACACCCACACACGCACAACAAAAAUGCAAAUGAAAAUGGAAAAACCAGCGCAGUUACACAAACUGCAAUCUACGGAACGCACUGGUUCCGCACGACAGCUGAGCCAGUUCAAUGAACAGUUCACCUGUCACAUAUGCCGAGGCUAUAUGAUAGAUCCAACAACAGUGGACAAUUGCUAUCAUACAUAUUGUCGCAGCUGCAUUCUGAAGCAUUUGCUGCGCGAUGUUUACUGCCCACAGUGCAAAUCGAGCGGGGGCAAACAUAUCAGCGAGGAUAACCUCAGAUCCGAUGACACUUUGCGUGCGCUGAUUUAUAAACUGGUGCCGGGUCUCUAUCAGCGCGAAUGCGAACGUUUAGCUGAGUUUAAGGAACAGCACCAGGAACUGGCUGCCGAGGAGGACUUGCUGCACAAGUCGUCAAGAGAACAGCAACAGGAGUUCUUUUCGCCUGGAGAGCCUAUUAGUCUAUCGCUGGAAUAUCAUCCGGCUACACUCAAAAAUUGCGGUUCAACCGAAAAGCCGCCCAUCUGCUAUCUGCAAUGCCCCGCCAAUCUGAGGGUUGUGCAUCUGCAGCGUUUUCUCUGCUCCAAGUACGACAUCGAUCCGGAGAAUAAACACGUCGAGGUCGAGGUCACGUAUGAGGAUGAGGUUUUGCCGCUCAACUUUACGCUCAUGGAUGUCGGCUAUUGUUACCACUGGCAGCGGCAUGCGCCCAUGGCGUUUCGCUAUAGAAUUCUGCUGCACGAGCGCAUUGAAACAAAAAACGAUGAGAGCAAUUUGUCAAAGGUUAAACGGGAUAUUGAAUCGAAUGUCGCUGUGGCAGCCACAACAAAGCCCAGCAAAUCGGUGACCUUUGCUGAUGAGUUGCCGUUGCAUGUGACAAGCAAGACGCGCAGCAAAGCCAACAACAACAACAACAACAAUAGCAGCAGCAACAAUAACAACAACAACAACAACAGCACAAAGCUGGCCAAGACCAAGCGUCAGUCGGCAGGAGGCAAACGCGAGUUGGAGGAGGCGGCAGCAGCGCCAACAAAUUUUAAGAGUUUGCGCAGCAAUGAUAUGCGCUACAGCGACUAUGGCGUGGUCAACAACAACAACAACAGCAACAGCAACAACAACAGCAACAGCAACUCCUCCUCAUCUGCGCCGCUGCUGCAUGUCAAGAGCGAACCAGAACCAGAGCCAGAGCUGACUAAUAACAACAACAACAACAACAACAGUAGCAACAACAAUCUCUCGAAUCUCAAUAUUGUUGUCAGCAUUCCUCAAUCGCAGCUGAGCAAAUCGGCAGCGAAUUACGGCGAUGAAGGCGCCUUCGAGCUGAAGACAGCGAAUAAGAAAUCGACGCCGCCUUCGCAACCGCUCAAACUGAAAAUCGAGCUGAACAGCAUGACGACAAAGCUGACGCUGCCCCGGUCGGCAGAGCCGCGGCUGGAGAGUGCAUCGGCGGCGGUGGCAUCGGUGCAACAUCAAGUGGAUCUGGAGACAUAUGUGAAGAACAUUGGCCUGAAGCCCAUUGAGCCUGUGCAGCAGGAGGCGCUCAAGUACAGUCCGAAUGCGUCGCCCAUGUCGUCGAGCAGCUGCUCCACCAAUGGCUCCAAUGGCAGCGCAACCAUCAGCAACAGUUGCUCGUCCUCCUCAUCGUCGUCGCAUCGCAAGCGCAAAAAGAAACACUCGAAGGAGCCAAAGGAUGCGAAUGGCAAACGCAAGAAGCUGCAUGCGAUGAUUAGCUCCCAGACCGAUGGCAAGAUGAAGAUGAAGAUCACAACAACACACAAUCACAAGGCGCACAAAUUGGAUCUGAAGCGAUCCCAUUCUCUGGCUGGCGGCGAGCUGGUCUCGCUCAAGCAGCUGCAGCUGGAGGAGCAACCAAAGGCAGCAACAGCAGCAAAUGUAGCAACAGCAGCAACAGCAGCAGCAACAGCAGCAGCAACAGCAACUAAGGAAGAUGCUCUCAAUCGCACGCUGGGCGAGGAAUCGCGCAGCAUCAACAGCCUGAUGACAGCCAGCAACAAUUGCAGGGCGGCGGCAGCAACAGUUGCUGCCGAGCCGGCGCUCAAGUUGCCCGCCUCGCCGCCGCUGCCGCCCAGCCUAUUCAAAGGCUUCAAUGCAACGGCAACAGCAACAGCAACAGCAACAACUACUGCAGCAACUGCAACACCAACAGCUACACCAGCAACAGUUGCUGCCAGCAAGCCAACCAAAUUGGCCAAACCGCCGCUGCCUAGCAAUCACAAUAGCAAUCGCAAGCCGAGCGCCGUGCAAGCGCCACAUUUUCUCGUGCCGCAGUCGCCGCUGCGGCAAACAUUGCCGCCGCACAUGCAACGCUAUCACUCAGCGGCGCCCAGCUCCAUUGCCAGCGCGGCCAACAAGCAGCCGAAGCGCGCCUUGUCGCUGGACGAGAGUCAGCACCAAUUGCUGGCCAAGCAGCCGCGCCUGGACUACCAGCAACAGCAGCAACAACAAUUGCAUUGCUUCAACCCUGUUGCUGCCAGGCUGAAGAACAAUGUCUAUGCGCCGCCCAUGCUCAUGCCGCAGCUGUGCCCCACCGGACGCAGUGUGACCAUAACGCCGCGGCCACGCAACGUCCAGAGCUAUGCCUAUGCCGCGGACAGCGGGCUGGAAAUAGUGCGUCUGGGUGCGAGUCCGGGGCUAACGGCAACUGUUGCUGGCGCACGGCUGAUGGGUCCGCCGGCCAGCUUGCCACGGCAGCCCGCCAAGCGUGCCACAAAUGCGGCACAGUCGGCGGCAUCGCCGCCGUUGUCCAUGCCGGCCAUGGUCAAGUCGCCGCCAUUGUCUGUGACGCUGAGCGCACAGCGAGCGGGCAACAACAACAGCAACAUGAGCAACAGCAACAUGAACAACAGCAACAACAUCAACAACAACAGCAACAAUGUUGCUUAUCGCACAUCGCCGCCUGCUUUGAUCAAUCUGCGCAAUCCGACGACGCACGCAGCCUUUGCAGCUAAAUCAAAUGCUGCAGCAGCAGCAACAGCCAAAAAGGCAGCAACUGUUGCCGCAGCAGCAGCAGCAGCAGCAGCAGCAAGCAGUCAAAGCAAAGCCAAUGGCUUGGCGCUGCUGGACAAGUCGAAAACAAGUUUGCGUGAAUUUCGGCCGCCGACAGCAGCAGCAACAACAACAACAACAACAGCAACAGUUGCAGCCAGCACGACAGCAACUGUAGCAACAGCAGCAACAGUCAAGGAUGCUGACAUACUUGAUUUAUCAGCAGGACGCAGCAGCAACAACAGCAGCAGCAGCAGCAGCAAAACAAACAACUGCAGCAGCAACAACAACAAAGUUGGCGCCCACAACAGCAACAACUUAAGCAGCAACAACAGCAGCAGCAACAGUCUGGAGGCAGCCUUAAACAAAAUCAAACAAAACAUUUCCGCCAACAGCAACAGCAGCAGCAGCAACAACAACAGCAGCAACAACAACAAUAGCAGCAACGGCGACGAUCUACAAAAUCUGCAUAUGCUCUCCGAGUCGGCGACGGCGCGUGAGAAAAUCUCGAUCAAGUGCGGCAAUAUCUAUGAGAAUAAGCCAAAGAAUGCGCUGGUUCGGCCGCAGAAUGCAUCAGUGCGCAGCAUACCAAAUCCUUCAGCGUUGGCUUUUCGCAAUCAGGCAACGCCGACGGCAACUACAACGGCAACAGCAACAGUUGCUGCUGCUGCUACUACUGCAACAGCAACUUCCGUGGCCAAGCCGUUGACUGUCAAAGCCGAAGAGACGAUCAAAUUGUCAGCAGCAGCAACUUUAAGUCCCAGCAGCAGCAGUAGCAGCAGCAGCAGCAACAGCAACAGCAAUACGCCUGCUCCUGCGGCAACCUCACCGCGCGCUUUGAAGAAGGCGACAACAAUUGACCAAGUUGCUGCCAAUUUGAACAUACGUGCCGAGGCCAAAGCCGCCGCAAUGGCCGAGGAGGCGCCACUGGGCAGCAACACCAACAGCAGCAACAAUAGCAGCAGCAGCGGCAGCAACAGUGCAACAGCAGCAACUGCAACAGAAAAGGCCGCAAGCAGCGUGGCCAAAACGGAAGUCAAGACGCCAGCAACAGCAGCAGCAACAACAGCAACAGCAGCAGCAACAUCCACAAUUGCCACAACAACAACAACAUCAACAACAGCAGCGGCAGCAACUGUUGCUGCUGCUGCUGCCACGUUGUCAAGUCUGCCCGCACUUUCGCUACCCGCGCUGUCGCUGCCAAAURCUGCUGCUGCUGCCGCUGCCGCUGCUGCUGACAACGAGUCAAUGUCAAAGCCGCCCGUUCAAAUCGCCGCCACCGACACUUUGGCAUCGGUGGCAAGUUCCGCUUAGUCACAAGCGUUUCUUUGGAUGUGCGGCACGCAAAUGUAUUUGGUGGCGCCACUCGAGAGUCUGCAAGGCAAUCAGAACUCGAACGCAAAUUGAUGGAACAACAACAACCGCAACAACAACAAUAAGACGUGCCACUGCAAUUAGCACAAUGAGAAGCGCAAAGAGCGGCCGCAACUUGAAGUGACUCGACUAGACUCGACUGCAGCGGCGCGUAAGCCUUACAUGAAUACAAAACUAUAAUCAUAUAUACCAAAUAACAAGAUAUAAGAUACAAGAUACACACACACGCACACAGAUACAGAUACAGAUACA